AUGACACAAACUGAAUUCAAUUUAAUGCUACCAUUAACCAACUCACUUUCUGCAAUAAAUUUAACUACAAAAACAAAAUUACCAUUUCCACCAAUAGCUCGUAGGCUAAAAGAAGAAAUUCCAGACUCUGUGAAAGCUCUUUGUGAUGCAUUGGAAGAUAAAGAAAUAGUAGAACUUAACUUCAGUGACAAUGCAUUUGGGCCAGCUGGUGCAGAACCUAUGACCGAUUUUCUUACUAAUAAUCGAACACUUCAAGUACUAAAGUUAAAUAAUAAUGGACUUGGAGUUCAAGGUGGAAAACUGAUUGGUAAAGCGUUGCUUGAGGCAGCAAAAAAGAAUCAUGAAGAAGAUCGAGAAUCUUCGCUUAAAGUAUUCGUUGCAGGUCGUAAUAGACUUGAAAACGGGUCAAGUCAAGCACUUUCUGAUGCGAUUGCAGCACAUAAUACUUUGGUUGAGAUUCGAUUACCACAAAAUGGUAUUCGAUCCGAAGGUAUCAUCGCCCUUUCAAAAGGCUUGGCAGAAUGUAAAAAUCUAGAAAUUAUAGAUCUUCAAGAUAAUACAUUUACCAAAACAGGCUCUGAGUCAUUUGCUGAUUCAUUGACUGAAUGGAAAAAUCUAAAAAGUCUAAACAUUGGGGAUUGUUUAUUGUCGCAAGAAGGCGGUAUUAUUAUUGCAAAAAAACUUUUACUCGGCAAUAAUAAAAAUUUGGAAACUUUAAAUCUUCAAUAUAAUGAAAUUGACAAACAUGGAAUUUCUAUCUUAGCUUCUGCAAUUUCUACACAUCUUAAGAAAUUAGCUUCGUUGGAACUUAAUGGUAACAAAGUUUAUCCAGAUGAUUCUUCAAUUGAGGAAAUAAAAAAUGCCUUGGAGGAAAUUGGUCAUAAGGAUGCUUUAGGUGAAUUGGACGAUAUGGAAGUUUCAGAUUCUGAGGAAGAGGAUGUUGAUAAAAAUGAGAGUGAUGCAGAUUAA